AUGUCGGUGCUCGUGGCAAGCUGCGUGUGUGUUAGUUGCACCCUACUGGGGUCUAUUCAGACACAGAACGUGGAAGCUUCAAUUAUCAUGUUGAUGCUAUUGGGUGGGCUGCACUUUUGGGCGGAGCUCCACCCCGCAUUGCGAGUCAUCCCUGGGUACAGGAGCCAUGGAUCCUUUUUCUUUUCCCUAUGCCCCGAUGAGGAAUGCAUUUUCUCAUAUUGCUCCCUUUGGAGUAUGUGUGUGUGUGUGUGUGUGUGUGUGUCUGCACAGGUUCAAAUGAUCGGCAGAGCGCUAGUCUCCGCGUUGAUUACGUUUCCAAGAGUUAUUGGAGAGGGCAUGCGUAAGUAG